CGCAGUGGAACCAUCAUCAGCACAGUGACACCCCAACUUUCCCUCUCCCAAAUAAUCUCAUUGAAAUUCCGAUGAAUCAACUCAAUUAAAGACAUUACAUUUACAGAGAUACGCACACACACACUCGCAAAAUGUGUGUAUGUAGAAAAUGGUAACGCCAUGCUUUUCUGUUGAGAAGAAGGUGAAGCAUCGGUAGUGGAAGCUUGUGCGAGACGAGCGAUGGGCUGCUUUUUCGGCUGUUUUCGAUCCAGAGAUUCCAUCCUCAAGCCAAUCGAUCCUCCUACGGAGCCAGUGGUUUCAGGGAGUAAGAAUGCGCUCUCGUCGUUAUUCGAGUGUGAUGAUGAACCAAUUGGAAAGGGAGAGGAAGGUCAGAAAAGUUUGGGGCCUGGGGAACUUGAUAUGAAGGUGCUAAAGGAAGAGGCCAAUCUCCUCAAAGCUUGUGGAACUUUACCUGAAACUCCUGUUGAAAUUAGAAAGGCCUUGGAAAAGUGGGAAAGUAAAUCAGAUUCUUUGGGAGAUUCUCCAAGCAGCUGCAUUACUGAAGGAUGGAAUCCAAGACGUGGUAUGAAGAAUGUCAUUACAUCAUUAGACAUGCCCGUUACUGGAUCCUAUUCCGAAAGUUCGGCAGUUUCACAACAAGUGCUAACACCUGAUGCAGAAUGUAAAGCCAAACCUGUUCGUUUUGAGUGCGACUCAGAAAGUUCCGCAUACUCAUCAAAAGGCUCCUCUGAAUUCCGUAAUCGACCCUGCAAACAAUUCGGAUCGGCCAAUAACACAAGUGUACCAAAACCAUCACCAUAUACAACUCCUUUGAAAUUGUCCGAUGAGGUGCAGACACCUUGUACUAAUUUUAGUGACAAGAUAAAUAUGUUUGGUUGCCAGAAAGAAGAUGAUGUGAUGUUGACCCCAGUGGCUGAAUCAGCAGCAAAACAGAUUACAGUCGGAAAAGAGACGAAGAUUGAAGCAAGCCUGUCUGAUUGGCUGAAGCCAGUUUCACACAAUAAUGGUGCUAAUAUCGAAAAAUUUGGCCGUGGCUCUCGUGAAAAGGUUAAUUUUCGGAAAACACCUGGGGAUAGGCCUAUUUUGGGUAUGGUGGCGGCUCACUGGAAUGAGGAUGAAACUCCUCAAGUUCCACCUAAGUGGUUUGAUGGGAAUGGUAUCCCUAAUUCUACUAACAAGUAUAAAGAGGAUCAGAAAGUCAGCUGGCACGCAACGCCGUUUGAGGAGAGACUGGAGAAGGCAUUGUCUGAAGAGACCUUUAUAUCUAAGAGAAAACCUAUUGGCAUGACACCUUCAUUUGAUUUCGGUGAAUCUGAAGAGUCCGACACUGCCUUCUCACAUAUGCAAUCUUCGGACCGCAUCAAAUCUGUUGUUUCAUUCUGAUAAAUUCCUGAAAAAAACUAUGCUUCUUUUUGUUUUGAGUUCAUUAUUCGUAAUUUUUUUUAAGUCUUUAUUGAUGAGCCCCUGCUAAGUUGUUGUGGAGCUGAUUUUAGGACAUGUAAUAGCAGAACUUGAGGUGGCAAUUCAUUACAGGAUUCAGUUGUUUGUUGUGAAUGUAAAUAGACAAAAAACGCUUAUUUUUGGUUCGUGGUACUAUUUUUAUGCUUA